AUGUCGCUGGAUAACUCGCCUAAAAUUAUACCUCCUAAUAUUUUGAGAAAUACCUCCUCGGUGUUAUGCGAUCCUGAUACAGAUCAAAAUACUUGGAGAAAUCACCGAAAAGUCCUAACCCCAUCGUUUCAUUACAACCUAUUAGAAUCAAAUUAUUUAAAAACCUUCAACAUCGAAUCAAAUCGAUUCGUUGAUGAUUUAAAACAAUACUUAAAAGACGAUUCAUGCGAAUUAGUGUCAAAAGCAAAAUUGUGGUCUUUCCGACAAUCUUUGGAGACUUUGUUGGGGAUAAAAUCAUCCCCGAAACACAACUUAACCUCAAUUUAUAUGGAAGAUUUAAUAAAAAUUAUCUCAAACAGAGUUAUUAAUCCUUUGGAAUAUUUCGAUUUCACUUACUAUUUUACAAACAAUUAUCGGCGAGAAAAACAAUUAAUCCGUUUCAUGGACAAAUUCGCUUUGGAGAUAAUUGAGGAAAAAAUCUCAACACUUCAUGAAGAAUCUCCAAAAACCACGUUAAACUUAAUGCUUAAAGAAUUAGUCAAUAAAAGGUGGAGUUUAAGAGAUGUUUUUGACGAAAUCUACACGACUCUUUUCACAAGUUUUGAAACGACAGCUUUAACAUUAUCUUACACCAUUUUUAACUUCGCUAACCAUCCGGAGAUGCAAGAAAAGGCCUACAACGAAAUCAAAAACGUUUUAAGUCCUAACAUUAAUCAAGAACUAACCUCAAAUUUACUCAAAAAGCUCAAAUAUUUAGACUCAUUUCUUAAAGAAUCGAUGAGAAUAUACACCGUGGCUGGAGUAUUACCCCGGAAAUUAGGCGAAGAAGUUAAAUGGGGCGAAUUAACUCUCCCGAAAGGAUUGACAGUUGUAAUUCCAGUUCAAGCGCUUCACAACGACCCACAAAUUUAUCCGGAACCUUGUGGCCCAAGAAGUUGUAUUGGUGCGAAAUAUGCUAUGUUGGCUUUAAAGACUUGUUUAUGCAAGUUAUUGUUGAAUUAUAAGCUUGUUUCCGUUGGACACCAAUUGCAACGUUCCGUUCAAGUUACUAUUAUAUCUAAAAACGGGGUUAAAAUUAAAUUAGAGAAACGAAAUUAAUUAAUAAGUUUAAAAUAAUAGCUUAA